UAUAUGUACGUACGAGUUUCAUUUCCACAUAUGUGCACGCAUGUGGAGGACCAGAAGAUCACAGGACCGACCACUAGGCGGUCCGACCUGUGUGGCCCCGACGUGCCACUGGCCUUGCCGCUGAGUUUAAACUUGGCCACUCGUUCACAAAUUUAUAUAGAUGGCCUCCGUCCCUGGUCUCACAGGCCUCUUUUCGCUCACUUAAAUUCUCUCCAACAUUGCUCGCUACAUUGUCGUUGUGGUCCCGAUCCGCUAUACUGCGAAUGCGAACAUGUCCUUCAAUCACCUCGCCAACGAAACCAUCCAACAGAUCGCGGACGACCUCUCAAGCGAAGAUGCGAUAAAUCUCUCUGCGACGUGCACCACACUCAGGGCCAUUGGGCUGCGUUCCGCACUGCGCAAAUACGCGGCCCCGUGUUACAAGUUUGACAAGUUCAUUGCGUUCGCGGAAUGCGUUCUUUCCAAGCACUCCUCCGAUUCCAAGCGCGCGACAUACUUGCGCUCGCUCAAGCUGUACAAUCCGAUUAUAUUCCACUCGUGCAGUUUUCGUGCAGAGUGGGCACAGGCCUUGAUUCGGCUGCUACAGGACGCCACCUCCCUACGCGAGUUCUCGAUAUGCUACUGGCAGAAGAUUUCUGUGUGGUGCCCCGCUAUAGGUACUGCACUCAGCAACGCACGCUCUCUUGAACGCAUAGAAUUGCAUGGGAUGAUAUUAAGGGCGAACGCGCCGAUCUCGCUGCAUCACUUUCCCAGCUCUCUGCACACCCUUUGUCUCGCCCAGACACACGUGCCAGACGUCGGCUAUCUUCCAUCACUCCUCGCCAUCAUCGCAUCCCUUCCCCAUCUGCAUACCCUGGAAUUGAAGGACGUAUCUGUCGCAGCGAAUGUCGAUAUGUCAUUUGGCGUGCCCCACAUCUCUUUGAGCGUCCGUAGGCUCGUGGUUGGCUGGUGCUGCAUGCCGAUUAUCCCAUUUGUGCGCACGUUCCCGAACGUUCGAAGCGCAACGCUGCUUCACCUCCGCGACAUUCUUUUGCUCGACAUGCAUGAGUCUACCGGGCCCUCACUCCCGGCGGCGCGUUGGGAGUAUUUAGAAUCUAUACAAACGGAUGCGUGGUUUGCAGACUUGAUAGGGGAGGUGGCAACAUGCGUGAAGGAUCUGAGGCUCGACUUUCCUUAUCCCGGGACGAUCCCGGGGAGUCCAUCUGCCAGUGUGGUGAAGGUUUGGCAGCUUUGUCCGGAUUAUUACAAUUAUGCUUCGCGAGUCUAUCCUGAGCGGGAUUGUCAGCAGUGGAUGGUUCCCGCUGUACAGACCAUCGCCAAGCUCAAUAUCUCUCACCUCCAAUUCCACUUUGCUCCGUCCGAUACUGAACGUCCUGUCCGCGGCACUUCAAAGAGUAAUUCGACUGAGACUCCCCGGUUAUCGGAAAGAUAUUUUACAGGACUGAUAUGUGCAGCAAGGAUGCUCCCGACACUGCAGACGGUCGAGUUGCUGGUGAAUGGAGGAGAGAUGGGCGAGAUAGAACGAAGAUCGUGGAGGCUUUAGGGCAAUGGACAAGGGGAUUAUUCUCGAGCUUAGAUAAACCUCUCCUACUGCAACAGUUCCCCUCGUGUGUUCUCCGUAAAGCGAUAAGAUGAUGUAAAGAUGACACAGUAAAAUUCUAAUCUGCUUCGAUUCACCCUCUACAUGGACUCGUCCAGUUCCUCCAAUUUUCCUUUCGGUCGCCAUCUCAACCCAUCAUCUUGCCUAUCUGUUGUCUCCCGCAAUUCCCCAUUCUGAAGUCUCCACUGUCGUUGUACUUUGACUCCAACAUCCCUCGACACCGACACUCCAAUCCAUUCCAACUCAUGGAGCGCCUUCGCAGCGCCGAGCAGCGUCGCAACAUAACCCUCUGGCCAAUGAUACGUCUUUGGCCUGUUUUCGAUUGCUGCG